AUCUGGCCUGCGCCACACAAAACAAUGGACCUGAAAAACUUGGUUCAAGACCUCUGCUUGAAUCCUAGACACACGAAAUGGGUGGCCCCGCUGUUGGUCCUGGGCGAUGCGCUCCUCUGCGCCCUCAUCAUCUGGAAGGUUUCAUACACUGAAAUCGACUGGACGACGUACAUGCAGCAAGUAGCCUUGUAUAUCUCAGGAGAGCGUGACUACACAGCAAUCAAGGGCUCGACAGGACCGCUAGUGUACCCAGCCGCGCAUGUAUACAGCUACAGUUUGCUGUACCAUCUGACCAACGGAGGGCGGGAUAUCUUCUUAGGGCAGAUUUUGUUCGGCGGUCUCUACCUCGCCACUCUUAUUGUGGUGAUUGCUUGUUACCGAUUGUCGGGGGCUCCCCCGUAUCUAUUUCCGCUCCUGAUUCUGUCCAAGAGACUCCAUAGUGUUUUUGUCUUGCGUCUUUUCAAUGACGGUCUGGCGGCGUUCGCUAUGUGGAUGGCUAUCUACUUGUUUCAGAGGAAGAAGUGGACUGCCGCUGUGGCUUUGUGGUCGGCUGGGGUUGGUGUCAAGAUGACUUUGUUGCUCCUUGCGCCGGCUAUUAUGAUUGUGACGCUUCUUAACCUUUCGUUGCUUUCAAGCGUGUGGCUUGGAGUACUGGCCUUGCUUGUCCAGGUCUUACUGGGGGCGCCGUUCUUGCAAGAGAACCCAGUGGGGUAUGCAUCCCGGGCCUUCGAGUUAACCAGGCAAUUCUUGUUCAAGUGGACAGUCAAUUGGAGAUUUGUGGGCGAAGAAUGGUUCUUAUCUAGAGAAUUCUCUCUCCUCUUGCUAGCCCUGCAUCUCAUCCUCCUGGGCGUGUUUGCUACCACCGUCUGGCUGCGACCAUCAAGGUCCAACCUGCCCGAUCUCAUCAGUGGCCUGCUUCGAGGACAGCACCGCAAGGUCUCGCUAUCCAGCUCCUUCAUCCUGACGACUAUGCUGACGUCUCUGGCGAUUGGUCUGCUGUGUGCGCGGUCGCUUCACUACCAAUUCUUCGCUUACCUCGCCUGGGCGACCCCGUUCCUCCUUUGGCAGGGAGGCUACCAUCCGACGCUCAUCUAUGCGAUCUGGGGCCUGCAAGAGUGGGCUUGGAACACCUAUCCAAGUACCAGUAUGAGCUCGUCGGUUGUCGUCUUGUCGCUUGCCGCCCAGGUGUUUGGUGUCCUUCUCAAUAGCAAACGCGCAGUCGAUGGCGCUGGUGUGCGCCCUAAUAGCAAAGCGCAUCGCGAAUAAAAACAAGGCGUGCAACGGUAUUCGCAAUGCAAUGCACAACCCAGUGUUCUAUGCGCAAAUAAAUGUAAAGAAAUGUUAUAAUCCAAGAGCCUCCGAGAGAAAGUAGACUCGGCGCUUCUGGGCGACCUCUCUGCAGAGGGGCCUUUAGUCUCCAACUCUGUUCAUCGGUGCCGCACUUUAUUCCGGCAGAAUCAGGCAUCCGAAUCAUCGUCAGACGGCGGUAGCUUCCCCAUAUUGGACUCGUCUUCACUUUCAUCGUCCGAGAUCGACGAGACCGGUUGCUUGACGAACUCCUUGGGCC